UAAGAUCGAGCUAUGUGGUGUUAUUGGUUGUAAAAAAACCAUUUUUUUCACUUCCUGUACUGUUUAUAAGCUGACCCUUUUGUUGGGGUGCUCUUUGCUAUUGAUAAGACCAAUUUUUCAUUUGAAUUUGUUGGUAUUUAUCAGAAUUUUCUGGUUCUUGAUUUUUUUUCUGAGUUUAUGUUUGAAUCAAGGAGUGUGAUGUUUUGGUGAGAAGGGUGAAUGUUUUUGAUCUUUAAUUGGGAAAGUUAAUGUUUGAUAUUGGUGACUGUUCUGUGUGUGAACAGAGUUAUAAGAGUUUAUUUAGUGUAUUGGGAAAUUGGAUCGAUUAGUUUCUUGGAAUUCCUUGGAUGUUGGAGAAUAGAUUGACUUGACUGUGAAUCAGUGAUUGUGACAGUUGAUACUUUUGGGAUCUGAAAUUGAGGAAAAUUUAUUGGCUAAACAUUGCUGGUGAGUUGGUGAUUUUGGUUCAGAAAAAAAAAAUUGAUGGUAUCUACAGGAAUGGCUGAUCAGGAUCAAAGUGGAGAAAGUGGGGUGGACUCGAUCCAUUCCAGCAGGAAUCGAAUUUCAUCAGAUGUGGGAGCAUCAUCAACAAGGAGCAGCCAGCUGAAAGAGCAAGUUGCUUCUGCAGAUGAAUAUGCUCUCAAGGUCAGGAAACCAUACACCAUUACAAAGCAAAGGGAACGGUGGACAGAAGAAGAGCAUAAAAAGUUCCUUGAGGCUUUAAAACUGUAUGGUAGGGCAUGGAGGCGUAUAGAAGAGCAUGUGGGUACAAAGACUGCAGUACAGAUAAGAAGCCAUGCUCAGAAGUUUUUCUCAAAGGUUGUUCGUGAAUCGAAUAGUGGUGAUGCAAGCUCUGUGAAGCCAAUUGAGAUUCCUCCUCCUCGGCCUAAAAGAAAACCAGUGCACCCUUAUCCACGUAAAUUGGCUAUUCCAGUUAAAAGUGGAACCCUAGUCCCCGAGAAAUCGACGAGGUCUCUCUCACCUAAUAUGUCUACGUCUGAACAAGAGAACCAGUCUCCGACUUCUGUGUUGUCUGCACAUGGUUCAGAUGCACUUGGCAGUGGUAGCGCAUCACCUGUUUCAUCAGCUGGUGGUGGAAAUUCUGGUGGUUUUGUACUUUCUGAAACACCGAAUUCCAUCCUGGAAGAUAGCUCUUUGCCUGCCCAAGCAAAUGCUAGUACAAAUCCGGAGAACCAGGCUUGCGUGAAACUAGAGUUGUUUCCCCAAGAUGACGAUUUUGUUAAAGAAGGCUCAGCUGAGACGACUUCUACUCAAUGUCUGAAGCUAUUUGGUAAAACUGUGCUAUUUUCCGAAUCUCAGAAACGUUUCAGUCCAACUUCUGGGACGUGCAAAAUAGAGAAAGACAUGAAUGAUGAAGCAGCAUUGCCAGCAGUUUCUUGGAACGUAACACCAAUGAAAUUUACUGCUGCUUCUGAUUCAGAAUGUGCGUCAAGUACCUUAAAUCUUGGAACCCCCGCACCAUUUUAUUGCUUGCCAUCACAAAAUGAAAACCAAUGGCCUACCAGAUGUGCUUCUUCCGCUUUUAUGCCAUGGGGAUCAUCAUGUGCAUCAUCUGCGUCAUUUUCUUGCAUUCAAGUGCUUAACCCAAUCCCAGUAAAGGGGCGUCCAAUCUUCAAUGACAAAGAUAUGGAAGAUAAACAAAAUCAGAAAGAAGGAUCUUCCACUGGCUCCAACACUGAACCAGUAAGUGCAGAAAUGGGAGGAGAUAAUAAGAACAUGGAUGUCGAAGCUCAGAGUAGUGGAAAAGACCUGUCCUCCUUUAGACCUAAUGAAACCCCUAGCUUGGCGCGAAGAGCGAGUUCCACCAAGCGCAUUAAGGGUUUCGUUCCUUACAAGAGAUGCUUAGCCGAAAGCGGCAUCAACUGCUCAAUGCUAAGUGGCGAGGAAAGCGAAGAGCAACGAACCCGCCUUUGCUUGUAGCUGGUCUCCUCCUGUUGUUUGCUUUAGCUCUGGUUACAUUUAACAGCGUAGCUUUUCCAGUAACAGGGUGAGCAUCUGAUUUAGGUUCCAUAUAAUUCUAAAAUUUCAGUUGCGUUAAUGACUGGACAAAGUGAAGCAAUAUAGCGACAUUAAAUGUAGCUCUUCCUUGUAGCUUUUGCAGAAGCUGAGAAGUAUAUCUCUUGUCUAUCUUGUUUCUCCAACCUCAAUAUUUUCAGAUGUCAAAUAUUGUAACUACAUGUUCAUGAGCUUCUGCUCCGCUAGAACUACAAUUUUCAUCAAAGAUCGUUACUAUUGCAAGUGUUCAGCUGAAAGGCUUGUUGUGCAAGAGAUGGCAUUUACCUUGAGGAUGAGAUCAGACAAGAGUUUUGCACGCUCUUUUGAAGCAAUGAUUGGUACAAGCCAGUUGUUUCUACAGUUCACUUUCAUCAGUGCUGAUUUUUUCAAUAACAGGGUGAGCAUCUGAUCUGAUUUAGGUUCUGUAUAGUCCUAGAAUAUCUGGCAUUCUAAUUUUGCCCUCAAUUGUUCAAAUAUGUUUUCAUGAACUUUUAGUGUUGUAACUUCUUGGUGAUGAGCUUUUGCUCAUGUAAUACUUUCCAUGUUGUCUGAAGCU